AUGAAAAAGCUCUUCUUUUUCAAGUCAUCCACAUCUAACAAUCAAGCACCAUCUCAAUCCAAAGAGAAUUCAUUUGGAGAUGAAGUUCAAGAUACCCGUAAAUCAAGAUCUAAAAAAGCUGCAUUUGAAGAUCAAAAUCAAAUUCAAACCAGUCCACAUCUUAGAAGGAGUCGCUCAUUUUCUUCAGGAACUUUUGUUGAUAGUGUGAUGCUCAGAACUCAAAGUGACUCUGCUUGUAGCAGCAGCAGUAAUGUCUCUCACAAGCAAUCUGCUCCUCGUAGUUCUUCACGUCGAGCUCUUACCCCAGAGAGGCAUUCAAGGGCAAAAUGGUUUGAAGAAAAUACCGGAGUCGAUAAUGUUUCAUUAGAAAGCUCAUCUUAUUGCUCAACAAAUGCAUCAAACAAGAUUCUUGAUCGAUACAUUGAUGGUGAACAACAUCAAGAAAAGAUCAGCAGAAACAACAAUUCCAACAUUAAAGGUCAUCAUUCUCAAAAUGGUGGUGGAAAAAGACCACCAAGAUUCCAAUACGCAGCACCAUCAUCACCACCACCACCACCUACUGCUACCGAAGGUGGUGGUUUGACACAGAAACCGAGGUCACAUUCCUUCAGAGACCCCAACAGAGAAUCCAAACUCUAUAUGUCCACUAGAGAUUGGGUUGAAAAUGGGGUUGUUCAUGGAUCCCCAAGAAAACUAGCAAAACAAGUGAUCGAAAGGCUUUCUCAAUCUCGUGUUUUGCCAAGGGUUGACUCGAAAGAAUUCGAACAUGACAUUCCAAUCACAUUAGAAGAUAUCUACGGUGGGUCCCACAAUCGAUUGUCUCCAGAUGGGCUUGAUGAUGAUGAUGAUGAUGAUGAUGAUGAUGAUUGCAGUAGGGUUUUGGAAUAUGAGGAAUCAGAAGAAGCUGAUGAGGUCUCUUUACUAAGGGCGGAAUUGCAUUCCCGGACUCGGAAACUGGAAAGAGAGAAGAAGGAGUUGCAGGCGGCAUUGGAAAAGGAAUUGGAUCGGCGGUCAACCGAAUGGUCAAUGAAGCUUGAAAAAUACCAAAUGGAAGAGCAUAGGUUGAGAGAGAGGGUAAGGGAGCUGGCUGAACAAAACGUGUCUCUUCAAAGGGAAGUAUCAUUGUAUGGUGAAAGGGAGUUAGAUAGUCAAAGCAGGGUUGAGAAUUCGGGUCAACAAGUCAAGGAUUUGACUUUAAGGAUGGAGGAAGUAGCUGAGGAGAAUCAAAAUCUGCAUCAAAAUCUUUCUGAGUUACAAGAUAAACACAGAGCAGCUGAAGAGGAUAGGGAUUGUUUCAAAAGAAACUACAUUGAGAAAGAUAAAGAAUGCAAGGAGUUGCAUAGGGCUGUUACAAGACUUCUCAGAACUUGCAAUGAACAAGACAAAACAAUUGAAGGGUUGCGUGAAGGGGUUAGUAAAGAAAUGAAGAAAAACGCUUCAUUGGAGAAUAGUAACUUUGACCAUGAACUGCGGUCAAAGUUGCAGAUGGAGCAGUUGAGGUUAACCGGGGUUGAACAGGCUUUGAGAAAGGAGGUGGAAUCUUAUAGGGUUGAGGUUGAUUCUCUUAGGCAUGAAAAUAUAAACCUUUUACACCGUUUAAAAGGGAGUUCAAAGGAAAAUGGCUUUUCCACCUUGAAGCUUGAUCAGGAAGUAUGGAGCCGUGUUCAGUGCUUGCAAAAUCAAGGAAUGUGUUUGAUUAAAGAUUGUGUGGUUUUAUGUUCAAAGUUAUUGGAAAAUAUCAAAGCGAGAGCAUGUCAUUCCUCUUUGGAAACCAAUGAAGCAUUACAGAAUGGGUUAGAUAGUCAAUUGAUCAUGGAAGCUGAUAUGAAACUUCAAGGGUUUAAGAGGGGAGCAGAAAGCUUAACAAGGAGUUUGCAGAUUGUGUCUGAUGUGGUACGUGACAAGUCCAAGUCCUCCACAGGAACUUCAGAUAGCGAGGAUGUUGUAAAGUGUGAUUUGAAAGCAGAGGCUUUGAUAACAAGUUUACUGAGGGAAAAACUUUACGCGAAAGAGGUGGAUGUAGAGCGGCUGGAGGCUGAGCUGGCAACUGCUGUCAGAGGAAACGAUAUUCUGAGAUGUGAAGUUGAAAAUGCAAUGGACACUCUUUCUUGUAUAACUCACAAGAUGAAAGAGCUUGAGAUGCAGGUGAUGAAAAAGGAUGAGGGGAUUUAUCGACUGCAAAACAGUCUGCAGGAUUGCAAAAAGGAACUGUCGAUUGUGAACGGGAUCUUACCGAAAGUUUCAGAGGAACGGGAUAUGAUGUGGGAGGAGGUGCAGAGGUACAGCGAGAAUAACAUGCUUUUGAGUUCGGAGGUUGGGAUGUUGAAGAAGAAGGUGGAAGCGCUUGAUGAGGAUGUGUUGAUGAAAGAAGGUCAGAUUACGAUUCUGAAAGAUGCACUUGGGAAGCCCUUUGAUCUUCUUUCCAGUCCUGUUCCUAGCGGAGGAGGAUUCUUGUUAUAAUAGUUUCAUACGCCAAUAAUUUUGUGUGGAUUUUUUUACCUUUUUACUUUUUUUUUUCUUAAAAAGAGUUUGGGAUUUUGGUUUCUUUGUAAGUAAACUGGUAAAUGAUAUGAUAGUUUGUGAACAAAUCAACAAAAGGGUUGCGGACAUUUUUUUACCGGUAAGUGGCUUAAAAGUGAGUUACUGCUCUGCUGGAAACCAACUUAACUACCUCUGGUUUGGUUGUGG